UUGCAGUUUUUUCAACGGCAAGUGUAUUCUCGGUCAAGUUUUAUUUUGCUCUGUGAUUUUAGACAUUUCCAAGCAGAAGUUUUUAAAAUUUCCGCUCUAAUCCGUGUGCAUUUGAUUCACGUAGUUGAUUCUCCCAGUCCAAGCACACAAGUCCGCAGUUUGCAUAUUGUGAUCGGUAUUGCAACUCGGAUUUGAACUUGUCAUAAUUCCAGCCAGCAAGCAGCGAGCAGGCCAACCAGAGAUUCGACUUUCCACAAUUCCUACUGAGCAUUCGAAAGACAAACACCAGCCAUGGGAAACGUAUUCGCAAACCUGUUCAAAGGCCUCUUCGGUAAAAAGGAAAUGAGGAUACUGAUGGUCGGUUUGGAUGCCGCUGGUAAAACCACAAUUCUGUACAAACUCAAAUUAGGCGAAAUUGUUACAACGAUACCUACCAUUGGUUUCAAUGUGGAGACUGUAGAAUACAAGAAUAUUAGCUUUACAGUGUGGGAUGUGGGCGGCCAAGACAAAAUUCGUCCCCUGUGGAGGCAUUACUUCCAGAAUACACAAGGUCUUAUCUUCGUUGUGGACAGCAAUGAUCGAGAGCGUAUCGGGGAGGCGAGAGAGGAGUUGAUGCGCAUGCUGGCGGAGGACGAGUUGAGGGAUGCAGUCCUACUAAUCUUCGCCAACAAACAGGAUCUGCCAAAUGCAAUGAACGCGGCCGAAAUCACCGACAAGCUCGGCUUGCACUCACUCAGAAACCGCAACUGGUAUAUCCAGGCGACGUGUGCAACCAGCGGCGAUGGGCUCUACGAGGGACUCGACUGGCUGUCCAACCAAUUGAAGAACGCUAAUCGCUAAUUAAACACACUACAACUAAAGCAACAAUAUGAAUACAACUAACUCUGAUUUCAAGCAAGCCGGAGCAGUAACCAGAACCACAGAAAGAGCGGCUGAAGAACAUCAAACAGACGGUAAAUGGUGGAAAUCGACAUCAGAAGGAAUUAUCACAAAACAGCAGCGGCAACAAAACCAACAACAAGAGCAGCAGAUCUUCGCAUAACUUAAUGGGCUCCUUCUGUCCGUAUUUCCAAACAGCAACUGAAUUUGUUUAUUGAAUUGCAAAAACAUAACCUUUCAAGCAGCAUAUAAAGAACGCUAUAAUUUAAUUUAAAUUCUUAUACAUAAUUAUUGGAUGUUUAAAAGCAAAACGAGUAAAAGAGAACCCCAACCAAUCACAAGAGAAAGGAAAACUAUAGUAUAUGGUAUAAAAAUGUCUUUUUUAAGUUAUUUUUGUCCUCUCCCUCCCCUCAUCAAUAUAUAUUUCUUUUUAAUUUUAUAAAUAUAAAAGUAAUAUUAAUGAGAAAAAAACUGUAAUUGUAAUUGCUCUUUAAAAAUACAACAAAAACCAUUUUAAUUUUUAACCCUUUCGUUUCUUGUUGUCGCUUGGCCAUGCAAAAUCCAUAAAAACUCACGCAUACACAUAAGACCAUAUUUAAAAGGAAAGUACUAUUUAAAAGGUAAUUCGAAAUAAAAUUAAAUAUUAAUGGAAA